CUGCAAUUUGUAAUAAUGUCGGCCACGCAGCAAGCACUGCGUCUCUAUGUGGCCAGUUGCAGGGAGCGGCUGCAACAGCUGCUGCAGCGCCUGCAUUGGACGGAGCAGGGCGUGCGCCAGCCAGCGGUUGUCGGACAUGAAGUCCAAGUUGGUGCGGAUGUGGAUGUGGAGCAACUGCCAAGCAGUUGCUUGGAAGACCCACAGCAUAGUGUGCAGCUCAAUCUUGAAUUGUUGCAGCAACUGCUCGGACCAGCUGCGAGGCCGACGCAGUUAGUCAACGGGACAUUUGAGGAUCUGCAGGUGAAUUUCACUGAGCCACAGAAACUGCUUAUCUAUGAGCAUGUGGUCCAGCGGACGCUACGUCAGCGCCAGAGCUUCGAGGAGAUGGCAAAUUUUGCGCAACUCGUUGCCGACACCAAAAAAGCGCACAAGAAACAGCGACGUCAUCGCAAAAGUAAACCGACUCUCCACGAGGAGAUGCAUCAGCUUGUGGAGCUACAAAUGCAGGCGCUGCAGGCGCAGCAGCGGCAGCAACUGCUCCCAGUCGCAGCUAGAGAACGGAAAAGGCACCAGUCUGGCAAGUCCGAGUUGGACCACUGGCGACGCACUCCAACUCGAAGUCGCGAGCGUAGAAGAGAUUCCCCACACAGAGAUCAUUGCAGCAGGCACAGCAGCAGUAGGAGGAGAUACAAGGAGCGCAGGCACAGUCGCAGUGGCAGCCGGCUUAGAAGCCAACGACAACACUCAAAACGGGCACGUUCCCGAUCCCGCUCCCGAUCUCCGCUCCAUAGCAAUAACAACAGGCGAUUCCAUCGCCAUUAAUACAAGAGAAACAUUUUAUAGUAAUAAUCUCUUAAAGCGACCCGUUUUUACCCACUAAAGUAGAGUGUCAAUAAAUAAUGAGCAAAGAAAUGGCUACGAAUGAGUUCACUGUAGGCACGCUCGACUGUACGUAAGAAGAAGAAACGUUGGAUAAAUUCACAUAUUAUAAGUUUUAAUUGUAGCGAAAAAAAAGUAGAAAUUAAAGUAUUUAUAACACGUAA